AUGAUUUAUCAAAAUCCAGAUGAAAACAAAGAAAAAACUAUGGAACGAAUUUAAAACGAAUAAAGUGCUAGCUUAAAUGAAUUAGAUAGCCAACCUUUUAACUCUAAAUUUGAUAUCACUUUAAACAAAAGAAAUAGGAAAAAGCUUAACUAUAAAGCUUAAGAAUUCCCUUCUUAAAAUUUAAGCAAAUAGGAUGAGGAAAAAUGUGAUUUAAACUAAAAUAUUUUAGAAGGCCAUGGCAGUGAAUAUACCAUGAUAAGCAUGGAAUAAGACAUUACACACAAUAAAAGGCUUAAAAAGAAAAAUAGCGAAGUGAAUGGGAGUGAAUCUCUAUCGGAAAUCCAAGCAAAAUCAAAUGAAAUAAGUUUUGAAUAUAAUUAAGAUGGUUCUCUUUAUCAACAAAGCAGUGAAGUAACUGAUUCUAAUAUAUCAAAAGAAGAUGAAUUUGAAAAUAUAGGAAAAGUAAGCACUUCCAGAUAAACAAACAGAUCUUUUUUCUUCAACAGCAGUGUUUCUUAGCAUAGAAUUUUAUCAAAGCAGCUUGAAAGAAUGAAAUCUAAGUGCUCCUUAAAUCUGCAGCUAAAUAAGUUAGAAUCUAAACAAGAUAGCUAAGAAGAUGAAGAAAAUGAAGUGGAAGAAGAUGAAGACGAUGAAGAAGUCGAAUAUGAAGAUGAAGAAGAUGACAGCAGCAAACUUAAUUAUUAAAAAAUAGAUAACGAUUUAUAAUAAAAAAGCUGGAAAAAAAGAUUGGCAAACGAUUAUUUAAUAUUGGAAAUAUUAGGAAACGGUGGAUAAGGAAAAGUGGCAACAUUUCUUGAUAAAAACAAUAACAAUAUUAUAGCAUUAAAAGAAUUUGCAAGGAUAUAAGAGUUUGACAGAGAGUCUAAGAUUUAUAAAUUUUUAUAAGAGCAUACUGGACUUCACGACUAUAUCAACUUGAUGCUUGAUGAAGACAGGAGCUAGAGAUAAAUAAAAAUGCAAAUGGGUUGCUGUAAUCUCUAUGAGAUGUACAUUCAUAUGAAAAACUAUAAUACUUCGUUUCCUAAAAACUAGAUAUGUUGGGAACAAGACCACCUAAUUAAAAUAUUUAGAUAACUAAUUCAUGGCCUUAUAGCAUUUAGACGAAACAAAUUCUUUCAUGGUGAUAUAAAGCCUCAUAAUUUAAUGCUCUUCUCAGUAGAAAAUGUAUUUAAUCACUAUAUGGUUAAAUAUAUUGACUUGGGAGCUGCUGGAUUCGAAGAAAAAGAGUACUAUGAAUUUUAUUCUGAUUAGUUUUAUCACCCUGAAUAUUUGGAUAUGAUUGUAAUGAAAGAGUAUGUACUCAGCGAAGUAGAAGUUAAUAUUUGUGAAAUAUUCGCAAUCAUCCGUUCAAUUUGGAUUAUAAUAUGCUUCGAAAGAGAAGAUGUUAAUAACUUUAAAUAAUAUCCUGAACUUGAUUUUGGAAUAGAAUUUAUUAAAUCAAAAUAUCCAAGACUUGCUUCACUUAUGCAAAAAGUAGUUGACUUCAAAGGAGAUUUAGAUUUGAUUGAAAAAACUAUUAACGAAGAUUAGUUAAAUGAAUCUAUUAUCAAUCCAUUGAAUAGCUUGUGUUUGAUUGACCCUUUUAAGAUAGAUGAAUAUAAACAAAAAUACUGCCACUUUGAUAUUACAUAGAAUUAUUUAAAAUUAAGUGACUAAAUGAAGGAGUUAAUUUAGAAUAUUAUUUAAAUGAAGAAAGAAAAAUUUAUAAAUGAGUAAAGUGAAGACUAACUUUAAGAACUUUUUGAAAUUUUAUACAGUUUGGGAUAAGAUCAGAGAGCUCUUGAAAUAUUUCAUAAAUUGGAGUCUUCAUACGAGAGAUAAUUUAAGGUAUUAUUGGGUGAAGAAAAAGGCAAAUUAGAUAAUAAACAACUUUCAGAAGAAAAUGUUUAUACAAAAGUAAGGGUCAUAAAAGAGAGUAUAAUAUUGUUAAAUGAAAAGGGUGAACUUGAUAAAGCUAUUUUUUGGAAUAAAAAGCUUUUAAAUUUAUUUUCUUCUACUAAAUGGAGGAACAAUAGAGAGGCUAUUUUAGCUACUAUUUAGUAUUCUAUUUUAUUAAAUACUAAGGGUGAUGUGAUGUCAUCUCUAUAAAUGUCAAAAGAUGCCAGAAAUAAGUACAAAGAAAUGGUUUUUGAGUAAGUUCAAUAAAAUAAAGAAACCUUUAAGAUUUAGCUUCAAAGAGACUCUCUGUAUGGCUAUAUUUGCUAAGUCAUUGGGAGACUUUAUGUAGAAAUUAAUUCCUAUAGCAAUGGUCUUAAAUAUUUAAAAUAGGCUUUACAAAUUUUUGAAUGCUUAAAAAAAGAAAAUUUAAAUUAGAAUAGCUAAACUAAUCUAAAUGAGAGUGAAAUAGAAUUCGAAGACUUAAAUAAUAUGAUUUAGCUAACUCUCAUUAAGCUUUCUCAAGCAAGUCUCUUUUUAAGGCAUAAUAAUAAAGCACUAGAGUAUAUAGAUGCAGCUAUUUAGAAAGGUAAGUAAAUGUAUGGAGAAAGACUGAAUAAGCAGCUUGCUUCAUGCUUGAACAUUAAGUCUCAUAUUUUGAAACAGUAAAACUAAGAUUUGUAGGCCUUAGAGCUUCAAAACAAAUGUUUGGAGAUUAGAUUAAAAAUACAUAACCAAGUUGACCACAGGUUUAUUUCAAAUAGUUUGAACUCGAUAUCUCUUCUAGAAAGUAAAAUUGGUUUCCACGAAUAAGCACUUUAAAAUUAAGAAUAAUGCUAUUAAAUGAGAUUAAGACUUUAUCAAAAAAACAAUCCUUUUCAUAAUUAAAUUAUUUCUUGUUUAAGAAACUUUGGUAUUAUUUAUUUGAAAAAAGGAGAUUAUGAAAAAUCAGAAUCUUACUUUCUUUAAGCUCUUGAACUUGCUGAUAAAAGCAAUGACUUAUUCUCAAAAAUGAACAGUCUUAAAAUGUUAGAAAAAUAUUAUAAACAAGUUCAUCAAAUUGAAAACUAUAAAAAAUAUUAAAAUCUUAGAAUUUAAACAAAACUAUAGAUACUAGAAGUGAAAAAGAAUAUGUAGAUUCAAAAGGAAUAUCAAAAUUCAAUUAAUUAAUCAAGGAGAAAAAUGAGUUCCUAAACAGAAAUAGUUGUAAGUAGUCCUAUUAGCUAACACUAACAGGCUAGCGAUGAAGAAAAUGGAAACAAUAGUGCUGAAAGCAAGAAAUUAAGAAAAUCUGCUUAAAAAAAGCAAUAAAAAGGAUAAUCAAACUUAGAUUCGUCUUAAUUAACUUCCUAAGAUUAAAUUUAGCUUACUAAAUCCUACCCAAUAGAAAUAACAUAGUCAAUAAUAAUCAAUAAAGCUAUUGAUAAAAAAUAGAAAAAUUAAACUAAAUCUUUUGCUAAAGUAAAAUCCCCAACUUCUUCUAAUGGUGAAAUAUAAGCUGAAAAAGCUCCAAAACCUAGACCAAAAUAUAAGAAGAAAACUAGAAAUAUUUAGUUAAAUUCAAUAAUCAUAGAAGAAAGUGUAUAAGAGAUCAAAGAAGAAUCAAAUGAAAAAGCUGGAUUUUCUUAAUUACUUGAAAGUUAGCCAAUAAAAGAUUAGCAACUAGAAAAGCAAAACUAUAAAAAAAAUGAUGGAAAAAGGCAUCCAAAGAAAAAAAAUAAUAAGUCUUAAUCUGAAAUAGGAGAAAUACCAAUCUAAGAUGAUGACAAUAAUAAUAACAAUAACACAAUUUCUUUGAAAAAUAAAAUUUAAAAAUAAUAUGUUGAAGACCCAAACGAUAUUUUUAAAGACACAUAAAAAAUAGCCAAAAAUAGAUUAGAUAACUUAUCAGAAAUUGAUAUUGAUAAAAACUAAAAAUCGUUGCAUACUACAUUUUAGAGAGGCAAAACAAAAUCUUACCAAGAAUAAACUCCUUGUGAUGAUAAUCAGAAACCUGCCUAUUAGAAUUAAAAGCCUACAAAUAAUAAUAACAGCAACAAAGGCACUAAUAACCUAUUAUAAAGUAAUGAUAAAAAGUAUAAUAAGUAUAAAGGAAAUAAGUAUCAAAAGGGAAAGAACAGCAAUCUCAACAAGAGUAAUAAAGACCUUUACCAAGAAUAAGAGUAUAUUGAGGUAAUAUAAACCGAAUCUAAGUAAUAACCAAAAUAAGAAUCAUUUGAAGAAAAAAAAUGUUGA